AUGUCCACUAGACCAUCCCGUCGCGCGGCAGCGACACGGCGCGCUGCCAUUAUCGAAUCCGAAGACGAGGACGACGUAAGCGCCAACACAACCAAGGUCAAGGAAGAGAGCGAGGACGACUUUGAGCCCGAACCAGCUCCCGCCUCGCGCAGUCCGCGCCGCCAGACCCAGAGCAGGAGAAAGUCGGCUGCACCCCCAACACCACGCGCAGGUCGCUCGAGGAAGAGUGUCGCGCCAGCCUCCCUCGAGCCCAGCGAGAUACUCGACCCGGACCAGAGUGAUGCCACUGUCAUCGGACCAGAGUCGCCCGUCAGGAAACCAUCGCCCCGAAAGCGCAAGAGUGUUGCCCCGAGGAAAGCCAGCAAAGAGGCUACGCCAGACCCGAAACCGCUCGCAUCCAUCCCCACGCCCGCGCCAUCCGAAGAACCGUCCGAGCAUCACGGUACACCGCUGGCCGCUAUCACUAUUAAGAGCAUCAACGAGCCGGGAACAUCGGCGGACGACUCUAUCGCUACAGUGAAGCCCAUCCGAGCCAUGGACACCAUUCUAGAGAAGCCUAUGGACAUUGUCCUGAAGUCGCGCCAGAUGGCUAUGCCCGUCGUCGAAGAGACGGGCCCCAAGCCUCGCAUUGUCAUCACAUAUCUCAUCUUGAACAACUUCAAGAGUUACGCUGGCCGUCAGGAAGUCGGUCCUUUCCACUCCUCCUUCUCCUCCGUCGUCGGUCCCAACGGCUCUGGCAAGUCCAACGUUAUCGACUCCCUACUUUUCGUCUUCGGAUUUCGCGCGAGCAAGAUGCGACAGGGCAAGAUCUCUGCCUUGAUUCACAACUCUGCUGCAUACCCCAACCUUGACCAUUGUGAGGUCGCCGUUCACUUUCAGGAAGUCAUGGAUUUGCCUGGCGGUGGAUCGGAAGUAAUUCCCGACUCACAAAUCGUCAUCUCGCGAAAGGCAUUCAAGAACAACUCUAGCAAGUACUACAUUAAUAGCAAAGAGUCCAACUUCACCACUGUGACCACACUUCUCCGCGAUCGUGGGGUUGACCUCGACCACAAGCGUUUUCUCAUCUUGCAGGGUGAGGUCGAGUCCAUCGCCCAGAUGAAGCCCAACGCUGGCAAUGAGCACGAAGAUGGCCUUCUCGAGUACCUCGAGGAUAUUAUUGGCACGUCCAAGUACAAGACGCCUAUUGAAGAGUCCGCUACCGAAGUCGAGACCCUGAACGAGAUCUGCAUGGAGAAGAGUGGCCGCGUCCAGCACGUGGAGAAGGAAAAGAACAGCCUUGAGGACAAGAAGAACAAAGCCCUGGCCUUCAUUCGGGACGAGAACGACCUUGCCCUCAAGCAGUCAGCACUUUACCAGCUUUACAUCAGCGAGUGCAACGACAAUGUGGCUGUCACAGAGGAAGCAACUAGUCAGAUGCAGGCGCAGCUUGAUGCAGAGCUCGAGAAGCACCAAGGCAGCGAACAGAUCAUCAAGCAGCUUCAGAAGGCUUACUCGAAGGGAAGCAAAGAGUUCGAGUCGCAGGAAAAGAAUGUGCAAUCCCUCGUAAAGGAAGUUUCCAAGUUCGAACAAGAAAGAGUCAAGUUCGACGAGAAGCGCAAGUUCUUGUCCGACAAGCAGAAGAAACUGGAGAAGACCAUAACCAACGCCGAAAAGUCUAGCACAGAAGCUGAUGACACCAUCGAGCAGUGCUCCGAGGAUAUCACAUCUCGGGCCGAGGCGAUUGCGUCUCUUGAGCAGCAGAUGCAGGAAGAAGAAGCCGAGCUUGCCACCAUCCGUGAUAGCCUGAAGGGCAAGACACAAGUCUUCUCGGACCAAAUCGCCGCCAAGCAAAAGUCUCUCGAGCCCUGGAAAGAGAAGAUCAACCAGAAGCAAUCUGCUAUUGCGGUGGCAGAGUCUGAGAAGACCAUUCUGGAAGAGAAGGCCAACUCCGGAGCAGUGGCCCUCGAGGAGAUGGAGGCCAAAAUCGCCGCCGUCGAGGAGAGCCGCACCACGAAGCUGGAAGAGCUCAAACAAUGUCAAUCAGAAAAGGCCAGCCUUGAGAAAGAGGCCCAGGAGGUCGAGGGCGAACUCGAGAACCUCUCCCAGAUCGAGCCCAAGAUACGUGCCAAAGUGUCGAAUGCAAGGCAGAAGGCGGACGAGGCCCGGUCGAGUCUUUCGCAAACACAGAAUCGCGGCAACGUGCUCACAGCUUUGAUGCGGAUGAAGGAAUCUGGGCGAAUUGAUGGCUUCCACGGCCGUCUUGGAAAUCUUGGUGCCAUCGACCAGAAGUAUGACGUGGCCGUCUCAACCGCAUGUGGCGCCCUUGACAACUUCGUUUCCGAUACAGUCGACGCCGGACAACAGUGUAUCGAGUAUCUACGCAAAACCAACCUUGGACGAGGCAAUUUCAUGUGUCUAGACAAGUUGCGCGUGCGAGGCAUGGAGCCCAUCCAGACACCCGAGAAUGCGCCACGGUUGUUCGACCUGAUCACGGCCAAAGACGACAAAUUCCGUCCUGCUUUCUACCAUGCCGUACAAGAUACCUUGGUCGCCAAAGACCUAUCCCAAGCGAAUCGGAUUGCGUAUGGUGCCAAAAGAUGGCGCGUGGUCACACUCGACGGAGAGCUCAUCGACAAGAGCGGUACCAUGUCUGGUGGUGGCAACACCGUCAAGAAGGGACUGAUGUCGAGCAAGCUCGUGGCUGACACGACUAAGAAUCAGGUCGCCAAGCUGGAGACGGACCGCGAUACUGUUGAGCAGAAAUUCCAGGAGUUCCAAGAGCACCAGCGGGAACUCGAGACACGACUCAGAUACCUGAAGGAUCAGAUCCCUCAGCUGGAUACCAAGAUGCAGAAGAUUGGUCUCGAAGUGCGGAGUGCUGAGAAGAACCUUGCCGACGCUCGACGACGUGUGAAAGAGCUGGGCAAGGAACACCAACCUUCACAGUCCGACGACAACAGAGUGGCCGCCCUGGAGAAGGAUAUCGCCAAAUUAAACAAGGAAGUAUCGAAGUUACACACCGAGACGGAGGGUGUCGAGGCUGAGAUCAAGGAACUACAAGACAAGAUCAUGGAAGUUGGUGGAGAAAAACUCCGUGCUCAACGAGCCAAGGUCGAUGCCAUCAAGGAGGAAAUAUACUCUCACAACGAAGAGACGUCCAAUGCCGAGGUGAAGAGAGCCAAGGCUGAGAAAUCAAAGACCAAGCUCGAGAAAGACCACGCCAAGGCCACCAAAGAGUUGGAGGCCGCGAUACGGGACCUCGAGAAUCUCGAAGAGGAAGUCGAGAACCAAGGAAGCAAGUCGGAGUCCUUGACCGCCCAAGUCGAGGCCGCCGAAGAGGAGCUCGGGUCCAAGAAGAGUGAGCUUGCCUCCUUGAAGGCGGAACUAGAUGAGAAGGCAUCAGAGCUCAACGAGACAUGCGCGGUCGAGAUCGAGAUGCGCAACAAGCUUGAGGAGAACCAGAAAGCUCUUGUCGAGAACCAGAAACGUCUCCGCUAUUGGGAUGAGAAGCUAAACAAGCUGGUUCUCCAGAACGUGAGCGACCUUAGCGGCGAAACGCCCGCCAAGAGACCAACUGAGGAAGGUCAAGAGCGGGCCGUAGGCGAGGAAGAAGAAGAGCAGCAGCAGCAGGAGGAACCGGAAGAACAGCCGCAGGAACUUCCACGCUUCACGGACGACGAGUUGAAGGACAUGAGCAAGGAGACCCUGAAGGCUGAGAUUGCUGCCCUUGAAGAGAAGACACAGAAUGUCAACGUUGAUGUCAGUGUCCUCUCCGAGUACCGUCGCCGUGUCGAAGAGCACGCUGCGCGCUCGUCUGAUCUGGCCGGUGCGGUACAGCAGCGCGACUCAGCCAAGAAACGAUGUGAUGACCUCCGUCGACUCCGACUCGAGGGCUUCAUGGAGGGUUUCAGCACCAUUUCGUUACGCCUGAAGGAGAUGUACCAGAUGAUUACGAUGGGUGGCAACGCCGAGCUUGAGCUUGUCGACAGUCUAGACCCCUUCAGCGAGGGCAUUUUGUUCUCGGUUAUGCCGCCGAAGAAGAGUUGGAAGAACAUCAGCAACCUCAGUGGUGGUGAGAAGACGUUGUCGAGUCUGGCGCUCGUGUUUGCGUUGCAUCACUACAAGCCGACUCCGCUGUAUGUCAUGGACGAGAUUGAUGCCGCUUUAGAUUUCAGGAAUGUGUCCAUCGUGGCGAACUACAUCAAGGAGCGCACCAAGAACGCUCAGUUCGUCGUCAUCUCUCUGCGCAACAACAUGUUCGAACUUGCCGCCCGGUUGGUGGGUGUGUACAAGGUCAACCACAUGACCAAGAGCGUCACGAUUGAGAACCGCGACUUUAUUACCCGUAGUGCGGCUGCAAGACAGGGCGGCGCUGCUCAGACGGUGACUUCGUGA